CACACAGUGGUAAAUAGCCGUUGCCACUUCCCCCUUUCGAAUUCAAACGUUCAUCCCUUCUCUCUCUUGCUUUGUCUCUCUCUUGGCUUCCCGCAUUGAUGGAGUCUCCAGCAGCCGGAACCUCGGGAAUCCGGUCGCCGCCUCGCCGGAAACCCCUCCAACCGAAGAAUUCUAAUGCGAGUCCGGCGCCGGCGAGCCUUCCGAAGCUGAAACCGACCCAGAUUUCGCCGUUGAUCAAGGGGGAUGCGGACAAGGAGAACCGUCCGAUCCAUGUGGCCGCGAUUGGGUCGCUGGAGGCGUCGCUGGCGGAGGAGCUGGAGGCGAUACGGAGGAGGAGGGAGAGGCUCCGGGUGGAAAGGGAGAGGACGGAGAGAAUGCUGAGAGAGAGGGAUCGGGUGUUGGAGAUGGCGGUGAGGGAGUGGGAGAGGAGAAGGGAGGAGCAGAGGAGCGUCGAGUUGGAGCUCCAGAGGUUGGUCAGGCUCAAGGAGCUAGAAGACUCUUGCAUGAGAUUUUCUCCUGUCAAGUCUCUUAGAGCUAAAGAAGAAGAGAAGAGAAGUAUUAAAGCUCAAUCACAGGGAUUGAACUCUGCAGCACAAGAUAAUGAAGCCACAGCGCAGGAAAAAGCACCAGAGAACUAGUCAUUCUUCUCUCGCCAUUUUAUAUUUCAUCACCACAUCUAAUCCCUUGAUGGAUGCUUUCUUUUUAUUUUUCGGGCUACAUAUAGGUUGUGGCCCUGCAGCGAAGUCAAGAAAGUCACAUAGCUUAUUUGCUGCCCCAUGCCAAAUAUUUGUAGAGGCGUUGAGAGUAUCUAAGUAAUAAUAUACAUGUUACCAUGCUUGUGUUGCAAGUCCAUGUUCUUCAGGGUUAUAGCUGCAAAAACCAAACAAUAUCGUGAACUUCACUUGAUCAUGCUUUAUUCGGGGU